AUGAACAGUUCCACAGACCAGUCACCGGCACCAGCAUCAAGAGCUAGUAGUGCUUCAUCUCGAAAUGCAGAUUCUUCGGUUGUUGGUGGAUACAGAAGGGCCAGAAGAAGCAUGACCUUAAAUGUGGAUUACAAUUUAAAGAAAAGACGUAUAAUUCCAGCAGAUGAUUCCCUUUCUGCAAGUCGUCAAGAGUUGAAGAGUAACAGCGAUUAUAAUGGUAAUAGCAUUUUGCCAAGCCCGUCUAACGAAGAACUCGCUGAACCUAAGGAUGUUAUAGUACACGAUCCAGAUGGACAGGUAAGUUUCAAUGAACCAGAAUCUCAUGAUCCCAUUAACGGCAUGACGGGCUUACCACUUGGUAUGGGUCCUCCUGAAAAAGUGAAAAAGGAAUCUUUUUGGUCCUAUAAAAAAAAUGGUGGAAACGGCACCAAUGGGGUCGUGAGUUCCGGAAGUAGUGCUGGCAGUAGUAGCCAGACAGCGUCAAUUUUGGAAAGCAGCAUAUAUGAAAACCAACUGGAGACAAGUAAAUCCGAUGAGAUCACACAACCUAGCUUCUUGCGAACUAAUGCGAUACCAAAAGACAUUCAUCGAACCAAGAGAAAGUAUCGCAAAAAAACCGAUUUGACCAACCACAGAAGCAAGCAUUUCCCGCUACACACCAAGAUAAAGGCCUCGGCUAAUAAAGAAAACAAAUUGUUUGGUCAAAACUCAAUCACAAAUCAAAAGGCCAUCGCACCUCCAGUUGUAUCAUUUCCAAGCGCCACAGUUGAAAACGAUGAUUUCUGUUACAGUUGUCGACAACCCGGUAUAUUUUUGUGUUGCGACACCUGUCCGAAGUCUUUUCACUUCAUGUGCUGCAAUCCUCCGCUGGACCCGGACAAUUUACCUGAAGGAGAUUGGUCUUGCGCAGAGUGCCAGUUCAAGAUGAGGUGUCCCAAUAAAUCUGCCGCUCAUAAGCUGGAGAAAGAGUAUCUGAGUGCUCUCGAAGCGAACGAUGGAAUUUCGCUUUUCGGCAAGCUGCUUUUCAAAGUAGAAUUUACCAAUCCUCGACAAUUUCAGCUGGCAGUUCCAAUCAGAGAGACUUUUGCAGAUGUCAAAACCGGUAGCCACGGUGAAUAUACAGAUGGGUCAAUGCAGGAACCUCUGAACGAAAAGCAGAUUCUUAACGCUUGCUAUGGCCAGAGCUUAACAAAAAUGGAUCAAUAUAAUCCUGAUCAACACAUAGAUCCCGAUUCAGGUGAAUUGCUGGUAUGUUUCAAGUGUCGUGAGACCAAGAUGGGAACAAUCGAUCACCCAGAAAAUGAGCGAUUGAUAACUAGAUGUGAUUUCUGUCGUACUCCCUGGCAUCUAGAUUGUAUCCGUGACAUACCACGAUCGUCAUUCAAAAAUUUGGGCAGCAAAUGGAUGUGCCCUUUGCAUGCGGAUCCUUUAAUUCCCAAACAGAAGAGAAGACUAGCUCGCCACCAAAAGUCCUACACGCCUUCUUCGACUUUGAACAUUCCAAAUAAUGGCGACAUAGAUAUUCUGCCGGAUGAACUUUCUUUCCCGAUGUCUAAAGAGACUCUAAAUGAUGGUAAGAUAAACAGAGAGUUGGCCGUAUUGAAGAUUCCUGAAUAUUCAAUCAAGCUGAAGUUUGUUGACAAGGUUUACAAAGCCAAGAUGGCUGUAAUGGAAAGACAAUUUCAUGAGCAAAAACUGCUUCUCGAUAGUGCACUCGAUACCGUGACAAAGACCGGACUAGCCAACUCAAAGAUAGGUCCCUUCCUUUAUUUUACGCUACACAACAAUCGUCCUUUGCAAAAAAUGUGGGAUUUCAAAGAGCUUUGCGACGAAGCUGAUAAGGAAGCUCAAGUAUCACAGCUUCGAAGUGGUGAAAUCAGUGAGCUCCUUGCGCUUCGAGCUAUCCUGGAAUCAAAAUCGAAGAAAGAAGUUAUAGAGUUUUUUGGUAUGAAUAAGUAA